AUGUCGUCGCCAGGCGAGGCUGCCGCGCGCCUGGCGCUGAAAGGCGCUCGUCGGAUCGUGAUAAAGGUGGGAACGGCCGUUGUGACGCGUUCAGAUGGACGGCUCGCGCUUGGGCGGAUGGGGUCGCUCUGCGAAGCGAUAGAGACGCUCGUAUCGGACGGCAGGGAGGUGAUUCUGGUGACAAGUGGCGCGAUCGGAGUGGGCCGGCACAAGCUGCGCUUCCAGCGCUUCAUGCGCACGAGCUUCAAGGAUCUGCAGCGCCCGCAGGGGGAUGACAUUGACGGCAAGCCGUGCGCGGGCAUCGGGCAGGGCCAGCUCAUGGCUCUUUAUGAGUCGCUCUUCAACCAAGUGGACGUUGGUUGUGCUCAGUUGCUGGUGACGGAGCGUGAUUUCACGGACCUGCAGUUCCGCAACCAGCUGCGCAGCACCGUCUCCUCCCUGCUGGACCACCGCGUGGUGCCGGUGUUCAACGAGAACGAUGCCAUUUCCACCCGCGUUGCUCCCUACAAGGACGCCACCGGUAUCUUCUGGGACAAUGACUCCCUGGCGGCUCUCCUCUCGCUAGAGCUCCAGGCAGACGCGUGUGUGCUGCUGUCAGAUAUCGAGGGGCUCUACACCAAGCCGCCCUGGGACCCUGACUCGGAGCUCAUUCACACCUACGUGCCGAGCGUGCAUGGGGAUUCCAUCAAGUUCGGCCAGAAGAGUCGGCUGGGUCGCGGCGGAAUGACAGCAAAAGUCGAAGCAGCAAUCCAUGCGUCCGGAGGCGGAGUGCCCACAGUCAUUGCGAGUGGGUUAUCAAGCGACGCGGUGCUGCGAGUGCUGGCGGGGGAGAUGGUCGGCACGCUCUUUCACAAGGACUCUCACCUGUGGGCGGUCUCUAAGAGUGUGAAGAGCGCUGGGAGGGACAUGGCUGUUGCUGCCAGGGAUGCCAGCCGGAAGCUGCAGGCUUUGACUACGCAGCAGCGCAAGCAGGUGUUGCUGGACGUGGCGGAUGCUCUGGUGAAGAGAGAGGCGGAGAUCGUGGAGCAGAACGCCCAUGACGUACAGACGGCUGAGAUCAACGGCGUUGCACCGGCCCUGCUGCAGCGGCUGAAGUUGAAACCCAACCGGAUUCAACAGCUAGCGGAGGGCAUUCGGGCAAUUGCAGAGAUGCCUGAUCCGAUAGCAGAGACACUGGCCCGCACAGAGCUGGCAGAGGGGCUCAACCUGGAGAAGCAGAGGUGGCCGCUGGGAGUGCUGCUGGUGAUCUUUGAAGCUCGCCCUGACGCCAUGCCACAGAUUGCAGCGCUGGCGAUUCGCAGUGGCAACGGGCUGUUGCUCAAGGGAGGGAAGGAGGCACUCAACUCCAACCGCAUCAUCCACGAGGUUAUUUCCUCUGCCUUGCCACCCGAGGUUGGCCCAGCCUUGAUCGGCCUGGUGACCUCGCGCGACGACAUCUCGGAUCUGCUGAAGCUGGACGACGUGAUCGACUUGGUGAUUCCGCGCGGCAGCAACGCGCUGGUGAAUCAUAUCAAAUCGCACACCAAGAUUGCGGUGCUGGGCCAUGCGGACGGCGUGUGCCACGUGUACGUGGACAAGGCAGCCAGCCUCAAGAUGGCCAAACGGAUCAUUCUCGACGCCAAGUUGGACUACCCAGCCGCCUGCAAUGCCAUGGAGACCCUGCUACUCCAUGAGGAGCUGGUGAAGUCAGGAGCAGCAGCAGAGCUCAUUCAAGAGCUCAAAGACAAUGGCAUAGUCCUUCAUGCAGGUGCGACCGCAGCAUCUGCUUUCAACCUUCCUCAGGCACCCACUUUACACCACGAGUACGGGUCGCUGGAAUGUACGGUGGAGAUCGUGCCGGACAUUGACGCGGCCAUCCACCACAUCCACACGCACGGCAGCGCGCACACUGACGCCAUUAUUACGGAGGAUGAGGAAGCUGCAAAGAAGUUUCUGGCGUCGGUGGACAGUGCGGUCGUGGUGCACAAUGCCAGCACUCGCUUCUCCGACGGCUUCCGCUUCGGGCUUGGGGCUGAGGUGGGCAUCAGCACGAGCCGCAUCCAUGCGAGAGGGCCUGUCGGGGUGGAGGGGCUCCUCACAACGCGCUGGUUGCUGAGAGCACUACGAGCCAUGGCUGCUUCCGUCGCCUCUUCCUCCGCCGCCAUUUUGACGAAUCAAGGGGCUCGAUUAUUCGCUCCCGCAAUUCCCUUGUCGAAGACCUUAUCCGGCGCCUCCCUGCACGCCAGUCGCGUACGUCUGCCACGUGUCACGCCGCGAGGGACUCACGGCAAGGCCAGGCUGGCUGUAAUGGCUCAGGCUAAGAUCGCAGCAGCUUCAUCGGCAGCCACGGAGCCUCUGAGUGCGGGCUCGCCUGCUCCUGCCCUGUUUGACGGCACCACGCGCCUAUACCACUACAAGGCGUGUCCCUUCGCUCAGCGGGCGGUGAUUGCUGUCAACUACAAGGGUCUUGAUUUCAUCGAGCGAGUGGAGAUCAGUCUUCGCAGCAAGCCCGAAUGGUACACGGAGAGAGUGUAUCCGCCAGGCAAGGUGCCUGCCAUGGAGCAUGACGGGAAGGUGGUGGGGGAGAGCUUGGAUUUGCUUCUGCUGAUUGAUGAGUGGUUCGGCGAUAAGGGGCCGAGGAUUGUUCCUGAGAAUCCUGCCUUGGCAGCAGAAGCAUCAGCACUUGUAGCCGCAUGCGGGGACUUGAUGAUGGCUGGUUACUCUUCUCUCUCCCAGCUUUAUCAGACGGGCGGCGAGGCGGAAGUGGAGGCUGCUAUGGGAUCGCAUCUGGACUCUCUGGAGGCGAGCCUAACCAAACGCCAGGGGGAUGGCCCGUUCUUUCUUGGAAGCUUCUCAUACGUGGACAUCGCCUAUCUGCCCUUCCUAGAGCGCUUCCGCAUCGCCUUUGACCAUUUCUGCCACACCGACAUCACCAAGGGCCGCCCCAACCUGCAGCGCUGGUUCGAGGCAGCAGCAAGCAUGCAGGCAUACACAGACACAUGCAUGGAGAGAGAUGCCAUCAUUACUACCUACCAACAGAUGCUGGAUAACAAGUACUUUGAGAGAGCAGGGGUGGCAAGUUCAAUAUCAACUUCCAAGCCAACUGCAGCUGCUGGAACAUAG